UACACUGUAUAAAACUAGACACUCAGUAAAUAUUUACGUGGUAAAGGUAUUCAGCAGCGGAGAAUGAAUGUUUAAACUGCCAGUGCUGUUUUUGGAUUGCACAUUCAAAACAGCACUGGCAGUUUUUUGAACUAUUCUGUCGCUGUAUUAAAUCAACACUGCCAUAGGCUGUGCUCUUAGUUAAGUACCAGAUAAACUGAAUGCGUUUUCUAAGUGUUAUACAGUAAUAUUUAGACCUUAUAUCACCAGUGUUAUUGUGUUAAAGGAGAAGCCUAGUCUUAGUCAUGUUACACAGUGAAGCAUUAGAAGAAAAAACAGUAUAGUUAUAAAUACAGUCCAUUACCCUUCCCCCUUUUUAGAAAUAAAAAAUAUUUAUAUUAGCGUGUAACUAUAAUACUAGAAGUUCCAAUGUCCAUACAUGAAGAAAUGGAAUUAAAUUCAGUUCCUGUGGAUGAAACAUCUGUGUCAACUAAAUGCAAAGACUCCCCUGGAAAGAAAUCAACUAACAGACUAUUAUACGGCGUUACAGACGUACCGCCAUGGUACACGUGUAUUUUGCUGGGAUUUCAGCAUUACCUGACUAUGUUUGGUUCUACGGUUGCCGUUCCUCUCAUACUUGCAGGACCCCUUGGUGUUGCAAACAACAACGUUGCUAAGGGUCAAAUCAUAAGCACAAUAUUCCUUGCUUCGGGGAUUAGUACUUUACUCCAAACAAUCAUCGGAAACAGACUUCCUAUUGUGCAAGGAGCCGCGUUCUCAUUUCUGACGCCGGCAAUUGCAAUAAUGACUUCCAUUCCUGAUCCAGUGCCGACCAAUAUUACUAAUGGUAACACAACAGCUGUAAACUCAGAAUUCUGGAAAGUUAGAAUGGUGCAGGUUCAAGGUGCAAUAAUGGUAGCUUCAUGCACACAAGUUCUGCUUGGUCUCACAGGCUUGAUUGGUAUCGUAAUGUCCCGUAUUGGACCCCUAACCAUCGCCCCAACUAUAGCUUUGGUUGGACUUGGCUUGUUCGGACCGGCUGGUGAUUUUGCGGGCAAGCAUUGGGGUAUUUCAAUUCUGACGAUGUUUUUAAUCAUUCUAUUUUCGCAACAUCUACGAAACGUGGCCGUCCCGGUGCCCCGUUUUAAGCCAGGGCAGGACGGCAAACGCUUUAUGUCGGUGAACGUUUUUCGUUUGUUUCCCGUCAUUCUUGCUGUGCUUUUGGCUUGGAUGUUUUGCGGGAUUCUUACAGUUGCUGGUGCGUUACCAUCAUCACAGGACCAAUACGGGUAUUUCGCACGGACCGACGUCAGAAUAGGAGUAUUGGCGCAAGCGUCAUGGUUUCGAGUUCCGUAUCCUGGACAAUGGGGUCUUCCAGUCGUCACGUUGUCAGGUGUGCUGGGAAUGAUCAGCGGUGUACUCGCUUCCAUAAUUGAAUCAGUUGGAGACUACUACGCAUGCGCAAGAUUAGCUCAAGUUCCCCCACCCCCAACACAUGCCAUUAACAGAGGCGUUUUCACCGAGGGCAUUGGGUGCGUUAUAGCUGGAUCUCUUGGAACUGGAAACGGUACAACCUCGUACAGUGAAAACAUAGGCGCUAUUGGAAUAACAAAAGUUGGCAGUAGGCGUGUGGUUCAAGCAGGUGCUCUCAUCAUGAUUGUGCUUGCUGUUAUCGGAAAGUUCGGAGCUCUGUUUACAACUAUACCAGAUCCAGUCGUAGGUGGAAUGUUCUGUGUAAUGUUUGGGAUGAUAGCUGCAGUCGGGAUGUCCAGUUUGCAGUUUGUUGAUUUGGAUUCGUCCAGAAAUCUUCUCAUCAUGGGAUUCUCUACAUUCAUGGGGAUUGCGCUUCCAGAGUGGGUUAGAAAGAACAGAAACCUCAUACAAACAGGGUCGGUCGAAGGCGAUCAAAUCGUGUUGGUGUUGCUGCAGACUGGUAUGUUUAUCUCUGGUCUACUUGGCUUUAUACUUGAUAAUACCAUACCAGGGACGGACGAGGAACGAGGUAUUUUAAAAUGGUUAAGCCACGAACAUGAGGGUGCAGAUGCCAAUGUUGAAAUAAAACAAGUAUACGAUUUCCCGGGUCCUUUACAGAAAGGAGUAGAUCGCGUGAAAGGAUUUCGUUACGUUUUUCUAUGCCCAACUUUUGACGUUUCGUUCACAAAAUGCUCAUUAUCGAGAGAUGACACUAUUGCUUAAAGUUGUUAUGUUUGGAAAAGUGUAUGUAGUUGGGGAGGGGGGGGAGACGGUACACAUUUAGCACAUGAUAUCCAAAUGUCGUGUUUUGAACAAUUAACAACGGUCUAUGGGAGUUGUAAAUUUACGGUUUUAUAAUUCUCUGAAUUUUUUUUGUUUACUUCCAAAUGAGACCAGAAUGUAGAAUCAAAAGGUGUACCAUCUUUCACCACUCUUUACUAUAUCUCAUAUUUUUCUGCCGCUUACUCAAUCAUUACUUUUUAUUAGAUCAUCAACCGACGAAUUUAAAUUAGACGGAUACUGUAUUAGUAUUCGAUGUAUUGGGGCAUUAUAUUACCAAAAUUUAAAUUUUGUUUGGAGUAUUAAAGCAACAUUUUCGACUUUACAUUACGUAUAGCCUACACAUCAAACAAACGUAUUUCCUGCUUUCCUUUAACAGCUGGUUUGUUAUUAUUAUUUAUAAUCUCCUCAGUUGAUCAGUAAGUUAUGUUUUGACUGUUUUGUUUAUCGCCUGAUGCCUUCAAAAUUCAAGAUUUGUUACUUCAAAGUAGUAUGUUUUGUGUUUACAGCUUCGCAUGGCUUGUCAGCUAGAGGAAAUGUAAUUGUACAGUUUACCCAUAGAAAUAAAAACAUACAGAAAGU